UCGAAAGGGGUUAGGGGAGAUUUGUGUCUUCGAGGUGAAUUUGUCAAUCACCUCCAGUAACGUAAAUAGUGUUACUCAAUGUUCAGGUGACAAAAAAGAAAGGAGAAAAAGUUAAUGAACGGGAAGCUUGUAACCACACCAGCUGGAAAAAUGUGUGCAAUGCCAUGGAGAAGUUUCCACUGAAAGGUACGAACUUGUUAAACAAUACGAUACCACAAAAUUACCAGAACCCUUUAACAACAUACCAGUCAGUUGAUACAAAGGUAGAAAAUUCAGACAAUGCAUACUUUGUAGAAGAUUCUCACACUCGAACACCUGGAUCCGAUAAUAAUUCGAGUAGCGACGACGACAUGUUGGAAGUUAAUAACGUAGGAUCUCACCACGGAGACAGUACUGUUCUUUCCGAUCAUUGCAUUCGCAUUGAUGAUGCUUCCUCCCACAUUUCAGUUGAUUCCGAUGACAUUCCUGGGAUUGGCCAGUACGAUGACUUCCAUACGAUUGAUUGGCAACGAGACAUUGCUAGAGAUAGAAUGCGACAUAGAUACAUCGUGAAGAAAAGACAUGACUCUAUCUGGGGUUUAAUCAAGGGGGCCCACGACGCAUGGUCUGGAUGGCUCUGCGUUCUGUUCGUUGGGCUCUUUACGGGAGUUGCAGCAGGUAUCAUAGACAUAGGAGCCUCCUGGAUGACCGAUCUGAAAUUUGGCAUAUGUCCGCAAGCCUUCUGGCUGAACAAAGAGCAAUGUUGUUGGAGUUACAACGAAACAACCUUUGAUGGUGGUAACUGUUCUCAGUGGCGAACGUGGCCAGAGGUAUUUAAUCAGUCGAAGGAUGGCGCAGGCCCUUACAUGAUCUCGUACAUGUUCUACAUAGCUUGGGCUCUCUUGUUCGCUUCGCUUUCUGCCUCGCUAGUAAGGAUGUUCGCUCCCUACGCUUGUGGCUCUGGAAUUCCUGAGAUUAAAACGAUUCUAAGUGGAUUCAUUAUUCGUGGAUAUUUGGGAAAGUGGACGUUGAUAAUUAAGUCAGUGGGUUUGAUUUUGUCAGUCUCUGCAGGUUUGAACUUAGGCAAGGAAGGACCCAUGGUUCACAUAGCUUGUUGCAUAGGGAAUAUAUUUUCUUAUCUCUUUCCAAAAUAUGGUAGAAAUGAAGCUAAAAAGAGAGAGAUCUUGUCAGCAGCUGCUGCAGCAGGAGUUUCAGUUGCUUUCGGUGCUCCAAUUGGUGGUGUUCUGUUCAGUCUCGAAGAGGUGAGCUAUUAUUUUCCCCUGAAGACCCUGUGGCGGUCGUUCUUCUGUGCUCUGAUAGCUGCUUUCAUUCUGCGCUCGAUAAAUCCCUUUGGUAAUGAACACUCGGUGCUCUUUUACGUUGAGUACAACAAACCUUGGAUAUUCUUCGAGUUAAUACCAUUCGUUAUGCUUGGAAUAAUUGGAGGAGUGAUCGCUACUUUGUUCAUCAAGGCGAACCUGUUCUGGUGCAGGUAUCGUAAGACCUCUAAAUUAGGUCAGUAUCCGGUUACAGAGGUUUUGAUAGUGACAGUUGCAACUGCCGUCAUUGGAUAUCCUAAUCCAUACACACGGAUGAGUACGAGUCAACUCAUUUAUUUAUUGUUUAGUCAGUGCGGUGUGUCCAACGGAGACAUCUUAUGUGAUUACAACAGAAACUUCAGCGCGGUGAAAUCUGCAAUAGAGAUAGCAGCAGCAGGUCCAGGAGUCCAUAAGGCGAUAUGGCUUCUUGUUCUAGCGUUAAUCCUGAAACUUGUCAUGACAAUAUUCACAUUCGGUAUGAAAGUACCUUGUGGAUUGUUUAUCCCCUCGCUUUGUCUGGGAGCCAUAAUGGGUCGCAUUGUUGGCAUCGGAAUGGAACAACUCGCAUACAAUUAUCCACACAUCUGGAUGUUUAGCGAAGAGUGCUCGACCGGUGUGGACUGUAUAACGCCAGGUCUGUACGCAAUGGUUGGCGCUGCAGCUGUUCUUGGAGGUGUUACGAGAAUGACUGUUUCCCUCGUGGUAAUAAUGUUCGAAUUAACUGGUGGAGUUAGAUAUAUUGUUCCUUUAAUGGCUGCUGCCAUGGCGAGCAAGUGGGUUGGCGAUGCUCUUGGGAAGCAAGGUAUCUACGAUGCUCACAUCGGCUUGAAUGGGUAUCCAUUCCUUGAUAGCAAGGAUGAAGUGCAGCAUACUACUCUUGCAGCCGAUGUCAUGCAACCUAAGCGCAACGAAGCUCUCCAUGUGCUCACUCAGGAUUCAAUGACAGUAGACGAUGUCGAAAACUUAUUAAAAGAAACAGAGCACAAUGGGUUCCCUGUAAUAGUUUCUAAAGAAUCGCAGUACCUCGUCGGCUUUGUCUUACGCAGAGAUCUGAACCUUGCUAUUGCGAAUGCUAAGCGUAUGAUGGAAGAGAUCACUGGACAAUCAUUGGUCAUAUUCACCAAUGGAAACAAUAUUCAGAGUCAUUCCCCUCCGCCUCUCAAACUGAAGAAAAUCCUUGACAUGGCUCCGAUUACUAUUACGGACCAGACACCUAUGGAAACUGUCGUUGAUAUGUUUAGGAAGCUGGGGCUGAGACAAACGCUCGUUACGCAUAAUGGGCGACUUCUGGGAGUCAUCACGAAGAAGGACGUACUGAGACACGUAAAACAGCUCGACAAUGAAGAUCCUAAUUCUGUAUUGUUUAAUUAAAAUGGGUGUAUGUGUAUGUAAAUUUAAUUAAAAUGUACAUACGCAUUUUAAUUAAAUAAAUUGCGAGACACACCCAAUGUAUGCAAGCAGACAUGUCGCAUGUUCUCACAUACAAAGACAAUGUGUAUGAAAAAAAAAAUGAAAUAAUUAUGGAGGGGUAGGAGAUACGAUGCUUUUUGUGUUAGGAUUUCCUGCAGCCUGCAGUUACAAACUGAAGAUGAACAUUUCGAGUAUAUUCUGUAAAUAAAAUAAGUCAAGUAGCAGAGAACUUGUAUUGCGUGUUUUAACAAUUUUUCCUUUCCUGUAGCUUUGCUCAAAAACGGUUCAAAUAGUAGAAUCUAUAGAAUUUAUUUUUCUUUUUGAUAUAAAAUUGUAUUUAAAGAAUAAUAUUGCAUUUUGCUACUUUAUUUUCGUAUCUCCGACCGUUUAGUAAUUAUUCCAAACUGUACUUUUAGAUACAGUAUACAAAAGAAAUGAUAAAAAAGUGUUUUAUAAGGUAUCAACCGGAAAAAUUAGAUUCAUAGCGCUAACAAUGAGAUUUUUCAUAUAUGCUAAUGGUAUUUGGAAUUAUUAGUGAUUACUAGGCAAUGAAUUUUACGUAUUUAUGACAUACGCUAACGUGGAAAUCACAUGGAAAAUGUAUGUAGAAAAUGUUUCAUAAAUUAUUGUAAUAGUAUUAAUAUUUUAUUUUAUAUAAUUGUACAUAUUAUGGGUACGUUUAGUAUGUUUUUCCUAUGCUUACGUGUCAUAAAUGCUUAAAAUCUGCAGUGUAGUGAUUGCAAAUGAACAAGUAUGUAGCGAAAACAUUUUCAGCUCAUUACAGUGUGCCGAUGUCCAUAUAUUUAGUAGUGGUAAGAUUGAACAUAAUUUACAUAUACUACAUACUCAAAACAAUGGCAACUUUACAAAUAAUAGUCAAGAUGGUAAAAACUCUUUUGCAUGGCUUUUUUUUUCUCAUAAAGAAACCAACAAGAUUUCUUAUUGUUAUAUUAAUACAUUCUGCUAGACAGAAAUUGCAAUGUAUGAGAAUAUUGGAAGUAUAAUACAACAAUUAAAGUUUAGGUGGUACACGUAUUUCAUAACAAACCAAAAACUUAACAACAAUGCCUAUUUCGAGCAAAAAUAUGUAUGUAUGUAUGUAUAUUGUGGUAGGAUUUACUCAUUAACUUUAAUAUUUUAUUGUUAUUUAGCUGCAAAAAGGUUCUACUGCAUGAAAAAUAAUUCCUGUAGGGAAUAAACAUGAUCAAAUUAGCUUAUUUGAUCAAGAUCAUAUUGAACGAGAAGUAUUUUUGUUUGUAUAAGAACCUUUUGGAGGACGAAGGAGUUUUGAAAAAAAAUUUAAGAAAGAUUGUCGAUUAUCUAUUACUAAGAACCACUCUGAUGUAUAUAUACAAACAUGCAAUGCGCGUGAAUAUGUCCAUGAUAAAUGCUAUCUUACGACUAUUAAAUCUUAUAAACGUUGAGGGUAUGUUAACGUAUCAUAAUAUUAAUGUAUACUAAUAUCGAAAUACUAAUAUACAAAUAAAUAUUGUUUUCAUUAUAUUCUACA